AUGAAAAGAGCCAUCGGCAGAAAGUUAUUAUGGGAACGGGAAUUGAUUACGCUAGUAGCGGAAGUGGAAAGUAUUUUGAAUACACGACCACUAACUUACGUAAAUUUUGAUGAUUGUAUCAUAUUGCGUCCAAUUGACUUUAUACUACCGAAUGCGCAUCUAAUCAUGCCUGCUAAAAACAAGAAUGAAAUGGAUGAUUUUAUCCCUCAUAAAUUGGAUUCGAGAGAAAAACUCAUUCAAUACUGGUCAAAUACACUAAAGGCCCUCGAUGCCUUCUGGGAAAUAUGGAAAGAGGAAUAUUUAAAUACUCUUAAAGAAAGAGCACAAAGGGAACACUCUUCUCCGAGAGAUGUAGUAAAAAGAACUCCCCACGAGGGAGAGAUUGUGAAAGGAUGGAGAAGUGAGAAGUGUCUCGAUAGAAUUACCGAAAGGAAAAAUACUCAACAGACCGGUGAAUAUGUUAUACCCACUGGAAGUCAAAGGUGA